GUGCCGCAGGGGCUGCUGGGACCGGCUUCCGCUGCUGCUGCCGCUGCUGCUACUGCUGUCACUGUUGUUGCUGCUGCUGCUCCCGCUCCCGUUGCUGCUGACACUUCGGCCUCGUCCCCCUCGCGUCUCCCUCGCGUCGUCCUCGGCGCUUCUGGCCGGCGUCUCCCCACUCACAGCCCCCCCAGCGCCUCCGCGUGCGCCGCGUGCCACCCCCUACCCACACACACAGCAGCAGCAAUGGGGAAGAGAGAUCGUGACCGCGGAGACAAAGACAGGAAGCGCUGGAGGAAGCGCAAAGAUGAGGACGAGGAGGAGGAGGUGGCGGCUAAUGAGGAUGAAGAUCAGCAAGAGGCAGUCCCGACUGCUGCUGGUCGGCAGGUGGAGACGGCAAACACAAUAAUCGACGAAUUUGGAGCCAAAGAUUACCGCUCAUUGAUGACCCUCAAACAAGACCACUCGUCACGCCCCCUCUGGGUGGCACCCGACGGCCACAUCUUCCUGGAAGCCUUCUCGCCCGUGUACAAGUAUGCACAUGACUUCUUGAUUGCAAUAGCGGAGCCUGUGUGCCGGCCGGCACGUAUACAUGAGUACCGGCUAACGGCGUACUCCCUGUAUGCCGCUGUGAGUGUCGGCCUACAAACUUCUGACAUCAUAGAGUACCUCCAGAAACUGAGCAAGACCAGCAUUCCUGAUGGAAUACUCACCUUCAUUAGGCUCUGCACAGUCAGCUACGGAAAAGUCAAACUUGUACUGAAGCAUAACAGGUAUUUUGUGGAGAGUGCCUUUCCGGACGUGAUUCAGCAACUGCUUCAGGAUGAUGUGGUGAAGCAGUGUCGACUGCGCUCUGAGGAGGGGGAGACACCCCUCAUCACAGAAACAUUUUCUGGCAAAUCAGCCCUACAACUGAAUAAACCAAGCACCACCAGCUUGGGAGGAGCUGAUGGAGCCUGCACAUCCCAGGGGCAGACUUCAGAACAGACAGAAGCACAGACAGUUGUCCCAUCAGACAUAUUCCACUUCUAUGAGCAGAUGGACAAGGAGGAUGAGGAUGAGGCUGUGGAGACCCAUACUGUCUCCUUUGAGAUCAAACAGGACACAAUUGAACUUCUCCAGAAACGCUGCAUCGAAAUGGAGUUCCCAUUGUUGGCCGAGUACGACUUCCGAAAUGAUGCAGUCAACCCAGACCUUGAUAUUGACCUUAAGCCCACUGCUGUGUUGCGGCCUUACCAGGAGAAGAGCCUCCGGAAGAUGUUCGGCAAUGGCCGAGCCCGUUCGGGAGUCAUUGUGCUGCCAUGUGGUGCUGGGAAAUCGUUAGUGGGUGUGACAGCAGCAUGCACGGUCAGAAAGCGCUGUCUUGUACUCUGCACAUCUGCCGUGUCAGUGGAACAGUGGAAGGCUCAAUUCCGCAUGUGGUCAACGGCAGAUGAGAGCCAGAUCUGCCGGUUCACUUCUGAUGCCAAGGACAAGCCAUCGGGCUGUGGAAUCGCCAUUAGCACAUAUUCCAUGCUGGGCCACACGACAAAGCGAUCUUGGGAGGCAGAGCGUGUCAUGGAUUGGAUGAAGAGCCAGGAGUGGGGACUAAUGCUUCUGGAUGAGGUCCACACCAUUCCAGCUCGCAUGUUCCGCCGGGUGUUGACCAUCGUGCAGGCGCACUGCAAGCUGGGCCUUACGGCCACACUAGUGCGCGAGGACGACAAGAUCGUUGACCUCAACUUCCUCAUUGGCCCCAAACUGUACGAAGCGAACUGGAUGGAGCUGCAGAAUGCUGGUUACAUUGCUAAGGUGCAGUGUGCCGAGGUGUGGUGUCCCAUGACCCCGGAAUUUUACCGCGAGUACGUGUCAACCCGGACCAAGAAGCGGCUGCUGCUCUAUGUAAUGAACCCAAACAAGUUCCGCGCCUGCCAGUUCCUGAUCCGCUUCCACGAGCGCCGCAACGACAAGGUCAUCGUGUUUGCGGACAACGUGUUUGCACUCAAGGAGUACGCAGUGCGGCUCAACAAGCCAUAUAUUUAUGGGCCGACUUCACAAGGCGAGCGUAUGCAGAUCCUACAGAAUUUCAAGCACAAUCCCAAAAUAAACACCAUCUUUAUUUCAAAGGUUGGCGACACGUCUUUUGACCUGCCCGAGGCUAAUGUGCUGAUCCAGAUCUCGUCCCAUGGAGGAUCACGGCGCCAAGAGGCACAACGGCUUGGCCGAGUCUUGCGUGCUAAAAAAGGCAUGGUGGCAGAGGAGUACAACGCUUACUUCUACUCACUCGUGUCUCAGGACACCCAGGAGAUGGCCUAUUCGGCCAAACGACAACGCUUCCUUGUGGACCAGGGUUACAGCUUCAAAGUGAUUACAAAGCUUGCAGGCAUGGAGGAAGGAGAACUCAUGUUUGCCACCAAGGAGGAACAGCAACAGCUGCUUCAAAAAGUGCUCGCCGCCUCCGAUUUGGACGCCGAGGAGGAGAUCGUGGCCGGUGAAUUUGGCGGGCCUCGAUCACAGAUGUCACGGCGUGUGGGCAGCAUGAGUUCCAUGUCUGGAGCUGACAAUGCAAUGUACUUGGAGUACCAGGUCCCACGUUCCAAGUCAUCUAUGGGUGGCAAAGUGCUGCACCCUCUCUUCAAGCGCUUCCGAAAUAAGUGAGGGCAUCUGUCCUCAUUUCCUCGAUGAUUUUAACACCAAAGGUAAUAAUAGACCGCCAACCUAAGACUGCCAAAAUGGCACAAGGUGUGGAGGAAAGUUUGUUUAUAAAGUGUGGUGGGGGGUUUAAGGCAUUUGUAACUUUGUAUGUUUCCUUCUGAGCCAUUCGUUUUCUGUAUAUACAUGUACAUAUGCAGAACUUGCGUGUAAAUUCAUACGGAGUCAAACAGGGUUUAACUUUCCUUGUGUAAUACUAGAGAUGUUAUAAACUUGUUCACAUUAAAAUGACUUCAUGGUUUAACAAAAUUACAUUACAAAAACUGCAUGUGGGUUGUACAAUUGAUGGUUGGGUUUCAUGAGACGGAUUUUUACUUAUUCAAAUCUUUAUCAAAGACCAUGUUAGUGUGAACGAAAAGAGCGCUAGUGCAUUGUAAAAAAAUCUUGAAAAAUAAAAAAAAAUACUUAAGUAAAUUGCUUGCAAUUUGUAAUGGGCAUUUCUCCAACCAUGAAACUUGACUGCUAUAUGCUGAAUAAUAUUUUUGUUAAUUGCAAAUAAAAGUUAAUUGAUA